AUGGACAUCUCGUCGUUCGUGACGUCGCUUCUGACGUCCUUCGUCAUCUUCGUCGUGCUGGUCCUGGUCUUCACGUGGCUCUCGCGCCGCCCGGGGAACGCGCCGGUGUACUACCCGAGCGUGCUGUUGCGGGGGCUCGACCCGUGGGAGGGGCGCGGACGGGGCACGCGCAGCCCCGUCGGCUGGAUCCGCCAAGCGUUCACGGCGUCCGAGGCCGACGUCGUUGCCGCCGGCGGAGUCGACGCCGCCGUCUACCUCGUCUUCCUCUCAUCCGUGUUGGCAAUCCUUGUGGUCUCUGGAAUUGUGUUGCUUCCACUUCUGUUACCGCUUGCUGCAACUGAUCAUGCCCUGGAGAAUUCUGCUGGCUUCAAAAAUGGCAAAGAGGUGCAGAACUUCACGAUUAUUGAAAGAUUAGCAUUGGGCAAUGUUCAAAAAAAAAGUAUGAGGCUGUGGGCAUUCAUAUUAUCAGUCUACUGGGUCUCCUUUGUCACCUAUCUCGUACUAUGGAAAUCCUACAAACAUGUUUCGAAUCUGAGAGCAGCUGCAAGAUCAACAUCAGAUGUUAAACCAGAGGAGUUUGCCGUGUUGCUGAGAGAUGUUCCUAUACCGCCUCCUGAUCAAACUAUAAAGGACUCGGUGGACUCAUAUUUCCGAGUACUUCAUCCUGACACAUUCUACAAAGCAAUGGUUGUGACAGACAAUAAGGAGGCUGAUAAAAUUUUCCAAGAGAUUGAAGGUCACAAACACAAAAUUGCUCACGCAGAAGCUGUCUAUGCAGAGUCAAAAAAAGGAAACAAACCUGAGGGCACCAAGCCUACUCAUAGGACUGGAUUGCUUGGUCUUAUUGGUAAAAAAGUUGACACAAUGGAGUAUUGUAAUGGGGAGAUCAAGGAAUUACUGCCCAAACUGGAGGCUGAACAGAAGAGCACUCUUCAUGAUAAACAGCAACGUGCUGCCAUUGUCUUCUUCAACAGCAGAGCUGCUGCAGCCUCUGCAUCUCAGACUCUUCAUGCUCAGCUGUUUGAUAAAUGGACAGUCACAGAAGCUCCUGAACCACGUGAUAUGAUAUGGUCCAACCUUCCGAAGAAAAUAUAUGAGAGGCACACCAGACAGACUGUGGUUUAUUUCAUUGUCUUUCUCACAGUCUUUUUCUAUACUAUUCCUAUUACUGCUGUCUCUGCUGUCACGACGCUGGAAAAACUGAGGGAGAAGCUGCCCUUUCUGAAGGUGGUGGUGGACCAACAAGUAAUUAAGACUGUCUUACAGGCUUACCUGCCGCAGCUCGCGCUUAUUGUUUUUCUAGCUUUGCUGCUCUCCUUAUGUUUCUCUCAAAGUCAGAAGGGAUCCCUUCACAGAGCCAUGUAG